CCUCUGUUGCCAGGCAACAACAGCGUCUAUCCAACCGGUGGACUUAGGCCAGUCCAAACUCGGUAUAGAUGGCCGCUGCUGUUCAGGAUCCGAACCGGGCCGCGGUGGCGUUCGGCCGGCAGGCCGUCCCGCAGCUGUUCGAGCAACUGCAGCAGAGAAACGCCCCCUGCAGCCUGCGGGUUCUAACAUCACUCUGCGACCUGGUCCACGAACCGGAGCGGCUCUACCAGAUCGUGACCGGAGGUUUCAUUGCGCAGCUGCAGGAUCUGUUGAAGGACGAGGAUCCAUCAGUGAGAACCAAAACCUGCGAGCUGCUUCAUCUGCUGACAAGCCACAGCAUCGGCAGGUUGGCUCUCCUCUCCUCCUCUCUUCUCCCUCCUCUCUCUGACCUUCUGGACGACUCCUCGUCCUCCUGCAGGAGGAACGUCCACCUGGUGCUAAAUGGCCUUGCUCAGAUGCCUGCAGGUGCUCAAGCCCUCCUGAUGCUGGUCCCUAAACUUAUGCUGAAGCUUAGGCAGAUGGAGGAGGAGCAGGAAGAGGAGGAGGCGUUGCUCCUCUCCACCCUCAGCUCCUGCUCCAGGCUGGACCCGCUGCCAGCUCUUGCAUCAGAUGGUGUUCCUGUGCUGGGUCACACACUGUCCCACUGCUCCCCAAACAUCUGCAGGGAGGCAACUGAGGUUCUGAUGGCGCUGAGGUACAUCAGGAGUGUUCCUGAAGAUGGGAAGCGGCAGGUCUGUGAGGAGCAAGUCCUUCCCGUUCUGAUGGGUCUGCUGCAGAACGGAGACCUCCAGGUUCAGACCAACGCUGCAGGAGUCAUCAUGAACACCGUCAUCAUCACCACAGGUAAAUAUCUGAGUCUGGAGCUGAACGCUGUCUCCGUCCUCCUCAACCUGCUGUCAGAAGAGGAGGGUGAGGAUCAGAGGAAGAAGAGGAAGACUCUGGUCAUCUACUGUCUGAGAGCUCUCACUGCUCUGGCUGAAGCUCCAGAAGGUCGUUGCCUUCUGCAGGACCAUCUCUCCCUGCUGGAAAAGAGGAGCCAGGACCAGGACCAGGACAUCAGGCGAGCGGCUCGGACCGCCAUCAGAGUCGUCACCUGGACCCCCUGAUAGACCUGGCUCUCUGAUCUCCUGAAGCAGACUCAGUUCAGAAGAAAUUAAAUAUGAUACCUGAGAUUUUUUUUCUUUUGUAUAAAUAAAAUAUGUUCGGAUUAAA